UUCGUUUCAGUCGGCCGCGCGCUGCCCGUGGAUGCGGGCCUGUGUGUCGUAGAUUCGUGUGGUAUUAUUUACGUUGUUUUAUCAUCAUCGUCAUCUUCUUCUCCGACCUUCCAUACAUCAUGGCGCAGACGCGGGAUUGCUUCGCUAUACGGUUUGGCCAUACCGACCGAGUCGUAUAUCAGAUCUCAGCCAAACUCCAACUAAAGUCCUAAGACGCGAAGUCGUAGCCUCCGACGUUCGGAGCAAAUGAACGUCCCUGGAAAUCACCAGCACCGCAGUUUGGGCAUGCCUGGGCGCUACAGGGGCGGAGUAGGGGGUGGGGUACCCCCGGGGGGCCAUUCUCGGGGGUCUGCGCCCCACAACCGGGUCUGGCACAAUCACAACCAGCACCCACAGCACGCUCACAAUCAGCUUAACCAACAAUACAAGGAAUAUCCCCACCGGCAUCUUCAACCUCCGCGCUUCCAUAAUGGAGAUUGUCCAGGGGUCGCCACGUCAUCAGGCCCGACAGGAAAAGAAGUUUCUUAUCACGGCGCAGUUGGUGGAUCGAGCGUUGGCUACAAGCCGCCUCCCCAGCAUAGUCCGCAACCAAGAGGUCCACUACCCCUGUUUCCACAAGAGUCUGCAAGCCCUGCGACUCUUUCGCCUCCUUUGCAUAUUAAUAUCUGUGGUCAGGAGAAUGCAAUGCGAGGUCCUCUGAUUAAUUUGAGCCCAGGUCUAGGAGCCAGCAGUGUAGAUAUGGAGUAUCGCAGAAAUUCACAAGGUUUAACAGCUACCAAUCAGAUGCCUUUAAGCCCCGUUCAGCUACAGCCUUCUCCUACCUAUUACAGGCAAUCCAGUCAGGAUGAUGGCCGAAAGAGUGAAUCUCCGUCGAGAAAACGACGCCGAAUAUCUCGGAAUGGGACAGUAUCCGGAAUAGAAGUGCGGGAGGCUACGCCACCUGCUCCGACUCCACCCCUUCAUACUCCUCCUGCACCGUGGGAACUCCCUGCCGCUGCACAGCGCAGAUCACCAAGAAAUCAUAUAUCGACUCGUGGGAGUCCGCCAAUUAGAAAUCGAUACCAACGUUAUCCGGACUCAUUUGCUCUGUCCUAUCCUUUCCUUCACAAUCCAGGAAUCCACAACUCUCACCACAAUAUGCACAACACACAUCAUACUAUCCACAAUUCUCAUCAUAACAUUCAGAAUUCACAUCAUAACAUUCAUAACACUCAUCACAAUAUCCAUAAUACUCAUCAAUCCCAUCCACAUCAUCCUCCCGGUACCGCUCAUCAUCCCGCUCAGGGGGCAACUGGGCCGAUGGUUGUCGAGGUGGGCCAAGUCGGUGUUUCGAGUCUCGGUGUCGCGGUCGGUGGAGAACCAAUAUGGCACCCACAGGCAACAGGAUAUAGAAUUCCCUGUCAGCUCCAUGGGAUUUAUACAACAACUGGUGCUCACGCAUUUGCUCACACGUGUCAGGUGGCACACCAUCAUCAUCAUCACAAUCACUACUCGGCAGCCCAUCCAGGACAUCCAGGACACCCAAGCCAUGGCUUGGUUGGUUCUAUAGUUGGUACCGCCACCAGAGGUUAUCCUGCGCCAGCCGGUGGUCCUGUCACUGCGCUGCACCAUCCUCAUCCUCCCCCACCACCUGUCCAUACUACUCACUAUGCCACCCAUCAUCAGUUGUCACAACAGCGAGAAGUGGAAUUAGAGUUGAUCGAGUCUCACCAUCAUCAUCGCGUAGGUGGGACUGGUGGUCCACCAUUAUCUUUACCACAUUCAUUCUCACCGCCAGCUUUAGCUCAAGUUACUACGCCGCCACCUAUAUUUUUGUCCGAUACCCGAAGUAGUCAAUUAGAAAUGCUUCAAUCAAGGACACGUCGACCAACUGCAAAUGUCAGGAGACAGAGGCCUACACGGUGGCGCGGUACACCACCUCUACCACCAUCGCCUUACCCGGGCUUAUUACUACACUUCCUAGCAAUGUUCAGCAAUCCACCCUUGUCCCCAUAUAGUCAAGCUGAAUUAUCUUCUCCAGAGUCUACAGAAACUGAGAAUUAUGAGGCGCUGUUAUCGUUGGCUGAAAGAUUAGGAGAAGCCAAACCAAGAGGUUUGACUCGUGCAGAAGUAGAACAGCUGCCUUCGUAUAAAUUUAAUGCAGAAACUCAUCAGGGUGAUCAAACUAACUGUGUUGUUUGUAUGUGUGAUUUCGAAGCGUUACAAUCGCUUCGUGUACUACCUUGCUCACACGAGUUUCAUGCCAGAUGCAUCGAUAAGUGGCUCAAGUCAAACAGAACAUGUCCCAUUUGUCGUGGAGAUGCCGGAGAAUAUUUUGGAACUGGAGGUGGGAACAGUGACUGACCUUCUGAUUUGUAGGCCUGUUAAUGCCGUAACCAAAAUACAGCUUCACAUGAUCAUUUUUCGUCUUCACCAUUAAAUAUCGCAAUGCUGAUUUGCACCAAUGUGUGUGGGUAAGCGCAACGUUUACCCUAAUAUUAUUCAGUUAUCGAUAGAAUUAUUCUCAUAGCAAUAGCAUAUUUCAUCUACGUGUGGUUCCCACAAAUAGGAAUACUCGUUCAAAUUGCAAUGAUCUACUGAAAAUUUGAAAAUACACUUUGAGCAUUGUAAAUUAGAAGUGUGGUAAAUAUUCAAUUUGUUCGACUUAUUGUUGGCAUAACAAGCUGGUGUUAAAAAUUCAACACAAAUAUGCCAAUAAAAUCACUAUAUAUUUCCUUGUCAUUACGUGUCCAUGUAAAUUAAUUCUGUGUAACAGACAGAUAAAAAAAAGCGAAAACACUGAAAAUUAUUUUGGUUUCGUUCCCCGUGUGGAUUUUUUCAAAUCUUCGUAAAUAAUGUGAUGGUUUUUCGUCUAGUCUUUUAACCCAGAAUAUUUCAUUCGAAUCUCUGUAUAAAUACUUUGGACUUUCAUAUGCAUUUGUCUCGAUAUAUGAUAUUUGUGCUGUGUACUAUAAUAAUUGAGAGUUUAUUACAUUUCACCAUUACGAUUUUUCCUUCAAGUCGCGGAUGUAAAAAAAAUAAAAUAAAAAAUUUCUCAACACCGCAUCCAAAAAAAUAAAAUAAAAAUAAUUGUAUAUAUUCGUUGUCCGUACUGAAUUAAAAAUUUUAUAGAAUUCCUGUUGGUUACUCAAAGUUUACAAUGCUUUCAAGUGCGUUUUUCAAUGCAUCUAAUUGCUUUUUUGAAUAGUUGUAAAUCAUUGGACUUAUAGUUUAAGUAAUCGAACUUGCUACUUGCGAGCCGUUGAUAAAAGUAUGCAUCGUUUUCUGCCCCCCUCAUCAUAUAUUGAAGAUAAUGUUAAGUUGUUUAUCGGGCAUUUUCUUAAGACGAUAACUUGAUAAUUCAACAGUUGUUCAAAAUGUUUAAAUUUGCAAUUAACGUGGAUUAAGUUACUGUUUCAUCUAACGUUGUUUAAUUACAUAUAUAAAGAUAUGUAUGUGUAUAUAUUAUUUGCUUUCCAUUAAUUGCUUAAGUUUUUAAACGCAUCAUUUGAUAUAAAAUAAUUUGUAAAUAUAAAUCUUGGUUUCAACCUUUAACCAAAUGUAGGUUUUAAGUUUUGCAAUAAAAGCUAUAUUAUUAUAUCAAGUCAUUGGCUUUUAGUGUUUAACUAGCUACGGGGGUGAAUAUGUUCAAUGCAAUUUUUCGAAUAAGUAAUUAAUAUAUAUAUAUAUAGCUUCAUUGUUGUUUUAUUUUAUGAUUGUUUAUCAACGCAGUUGUUAAUCGAGAUAAUAAACCUAAUUCCUCGUCAAGGAACAAGUUCCAUUAUUAGAAUACGAUAAAUAUUCGCUGGUUUUCAUUCAUCUCACAACAAAACCCACGCAACUCAAAUGUAUGUACAUACAUAUAGAUGACAGUUCCAGAUGCUAAAAAAAUCUAAGCAUUGUGUAGAACACUCAAUGUACGGGCUUAUUUAAUAUGAUUUAUUUUUUUGCGUUUCAAAUUCUAGAUUUAAAACUAGUUGGGAUAUCAGCAUAAACUGUAAUGAAUUUGGACACAAUUCCGAAACCUUCUAUUUCUGUAUAAGUAUCUUUAUAUACAUGUAUCUUAGAGUCUGCGUGCAUGGAUUUUGUUGAUGAAAAAAAAGCUCCUGCUGUAUGAAACUUGCAAGCAAUAGUUGACUACAAAAAAGAAGAGAAAAAGGUUAAAAAAAAUUAAAAGUACCGCUUCUGUUUCCUGCAUAACUACCUCUGAAGAAUGAAUGGAACAAUGAAUACUUUUUUAUACACCGGUAAACAAUAAUCUUUAUAAUAAACCACCUAAUUACAAUGCCAUGUUAAUAAUUAAUUGGUUGAUGAAUUAUCCAUUAAUUAUUUUACAUUAUAAAUGCUAAUGCUAAUAUUAGCACGCUGUAGUAAUCGAUUAGCAUUGGCUGGAUGGAAUGGUAUGCAGAAGGUCUUGUUAAAAAAGGGUGCUUUUGCGAUAUUUUUUUUUCAGCCAUUUAUUGUUAAUGAUUUGAAUGAUAAGUUAAUUUAAUUGUUGGUGCGAAGAGAGAAAAAAAAAUUCUUUUAGCUGUAAAAGCAUGGGAAGUUUAAAAACUUCACUUUGGUUGCGUAUAGUGAUGUGGCCUCUUUAAUGCUAUUAUGGCGAAUUGAGGUUUCAGUCCUUGGCAGCCUGCAAUAUUGGCACCUCCUAGCAAACUUUAAGCCAGUGAUAUAAUCUUCACCCCACAGAAGAUACUUCUGGAGAUAAUCUACUGAUUACACUUUAUAGAUCGAUAAUUUAGUUAGUUUGUUUAUUCUUCUGCUACAAUUAAUGUCUUUCAUACACAUGUGGUAGUCGGUAACAGCGAUUAUAUCUACUAAAAAAUGUUGGUACUUUUUUUUUUUGUUGUUCAUUAAUUGUAGGAAAUUUGCAUAGCACAUAAAAAUAUUAGUUAGGAAUAUUUUCAAUUACUUAUAACUCUAAGAGUGAUUCACAAUGAAGUGCUGAGUAUCAUUAACCAAAAUUGACAGGAUGUUGAUUAUGGGAAAAGGGACAGAUUCUCGUUGGAAUUAGAUCCGUUCAAAAUGCGGAGCAAAAAAUGUUCGUAUUGUACAAUUAAAUUGUUUUCCAUUCCUACACCUUAAAAUUGAUAUGUCUAUGCGUCAACUAGUUAUUUGAUAUAUUUUACUGAUAAUUAGCACUUAUUUUUAUUGUACGUACUAUGAAGUUUACUUAUAUUCACAUUUUCUAUUGGAAAUUGAACAACGUGCUUGCUCAAACCAUUCCAUUCCUGCCCCUUUUCUCACGUAGAUUUAGAUAAAUAAGACAAUUUGAAGAGCUGAAUUUGUGUAGUUAGGCAAUUAUCGUUUUGUUAAUCGAUCGAAUCUUUUACGUAUAAUUAUGCAUAAUAAUGGUAACAUUAACAUUAUCAUUGUGGUUGUUAUUAUUAUUAUUUAAUGAUAAUGAUAACAAUAACGGUAAAUUACAAUAGCCAAUAAAUACUAUUUGUCACUUCGAUUUAAUAACUACUUGUAAUUAAUGUUGUUUAAACUUGUUAACGUGUAGAGAAUGGGUGUUGAGUAAUUGCUUUUUCAAUUUGCUUUGUAUAGUUUUUUUAUUUUUUUCCUUUUUUUUCGAUGUAUACUAGGGGACAAUUUUCGGUCGAGUUAUACAUAGAUUAUAUACUAUGCAUAUAUAAUUACUCGUAUCAAUAAUUGGUUGGCUUUUCAACGCUCUUUCCGUUAUUUUACGGUGUCUCUUCACCAUGGUAUAAAAAAGAAAUUUUUGAAACAAAACCGUAUAUACGUAAUUAAUUGAACAAAAAAAAAGAUUUACAUCACAAAUGCAUACUAAAUAAUAUUAGACUCUUCGUGCAAAUCGAUUCAAAUAUCAAUUUAUGGUACAGAGAUUCAAAUAUUGGCAGAUACUGUUGGUCCUAGAAGUGUAAGAACACAUAUCAUUUUGAUUACGAUACUGUUUAUAUACCUGUGUAAUAGUUGCAGGAGAAAUAUUUCAAAAUUAAUUGAAUUUUCUGGAACUAGUCCAUUAUGUUUGCUGUUUAUUGAAAUAAUUUGGCCUCAGAAAAUAUGUUUAUUCGGCUUUCUUUCUAUAUAUACAAAUGAAUACACAGGCGAACUUAAAUAAUCUGAAAAUUAUUAUGUUUAAUUAAUUGUAAGGUGACCUGUGUUAUAUUUGGCUAGUUAUUAUGUUAUGCUUGAGUUCAAUAAUUAUACUUUCGAUGGAGUGAUGUGGGAAAAUUAAGCCAUCAAAAUGAAGUGUAUAAAGGAAUUAAAUAUGCUGCAGUUUUUUUUUCGUUUUUUCUUUCAUUUCGAUACUCUUGCAGAUGAGGUUAAGUAAAAUUCUUCACAUGGAAUAGAUACAUUAUUUUCACUCGAAUAUAUUUGAGCAAGUUACAUAAUUACAUAAACAAAUUUCUGAUUUCUAUUUCGACAAUAGAAUAUAGAUUACCACUACCGUCUGAUGAUUUUUCAUGAUUUUCCACGAUUUUCCACGAUUUUCAUGGUAGUAGACAACAAUAAAAGCAAAGUACAAUGCUUAUACAACUAAUUGUAAAAAAGUGCAAGUUAAACGUGUAACAAUUGUGAUUAUUGUACGCAGGAUGCCUAUGAUUGGGACAGCAUAGCGGCCAUAUUCUAGAAUUUUCAUUGUAGUUUGAUUUGGUGAUGAUUUACCCAAGCAAAUAGUAAGACUUCUAUUCAAAGAACAUAGUUUUUUAACAUCGGUGAAAAUCCUACAUUAUUACAAACCUGCCCAAUUAAUGUUUAGCCACGAGGAAAAAAAAAUAUAUAUAUAUAUAAAUAUAUAUUUAAUUUGUGUAACUAUUAUUGAUGAAUAUAUAAUGAUAAUUGAAUAUUAAUCGCUUGUGCAACACACACAUCCACACACACAUAUAUGCGUUAUAUAUGUAAUUACAAAUAAUUAACAAUAAUACUGCAGCAAUGGAAGUGUAAUUGUACAGACGCGAAAGACGAUGCCAAACAUUAUAUUAUUAUUAACUCUUAUUAUUAAACAAAUUACAUAAAG